UCAAAAUUUAUCUAAACUGUCAAAAACCGAGCAAAAUACUGUAGGUGUGGUGUAUUUUUGUGAAUUUUACGCGAAUACUAAGGAUGUCGGCCACUUUGAAACCCUAUUUAACUGCUGUACGGCAUACGCUCACGGCAGCUAUGUGUUUAGAACAUUUCUCCUCACAAGUAGUGGAGAGAUACAACAAACCAGAGGUGGAGGUUAGAACAAGUAAAGAACUUUUACUGAAUCCAGUGGUGAUCUCGAGGAAUGCCAACGAGAAAGUGUUGAUUGAGUCGUCGAUCAACUCGAUCCGAGUGAGCAUAAUGAUCAAACAGGCGGACGAGAUCGAGAAGAUAUUGUGUAAAAAGUUUAUGCGUUUUAUGAUGAUGAGAGCUGAGAACUUUAUCGUUCUGCGGCGGAAACCCGUAGACGGGUAUCACAUCAGCUUCCUGAUCACCAACUUCCACACCGAGCAGAUGUAUAAACAUAAAUUGGUAGACUUUGUGAUAUACUUCAUGGAAGAGAUUGAUAAGGAGAUCAGUGAGAUGAAACUUGCAGUAAACGCUCGAGCCAGGAUCUGCUCUGAAGAGUUCCUCAAGAGAUUCUAAAAUACAUCAGAAUAGCGCCUCAAUUCACCUAUCGAAAUGAGAGACAUUGUAUGCAGGAUGUGAGGUUCCAAUAAAAUUUUAGUUGUAAAUACCACCUAUAAUCAAGGCAUGGACAAGCUAGUUGGUGUAAGGGUGCCUAUCCACUAAGGAUGUGCUAUUUUGGUUGCUACGGAUGUAUUUGAAAUCUACCAAUCAUAUUCAUUGAUCCACAUAGUGUAGCAAUGGAGGGAAAGUGGAGCUUUCACAUCAUCGCAUGUCUCUGGCACCCUAAUGAUUUUGUUUCGUUAUGUGAAUUGGGGUUCGGCUAAGGUUAUUUUACAACAGUGCUGUUAUGUUGGACCUGCUUAGGCAGAAACAUUUGUCAGGGCUCCAUGAAAUUACUAUAAAAAGCUCUUAUGAUUUCAUCUUUACCAAUUGAGUUUGAUUUGAACAAUAAUUAGAUGAUUCUACAUAUAAAUUUUGCAUUUAAGUAAUAUUCCAAUGAUUACUUUUUAAUAUUAUUUUAAGUUUAGUAUUACUCUUAAUAAAAAAUUUUAUGUUAUCUCCUAAAUUAAGUAUACAUAGCUAGCUGAUAAGCAUGAAACUUUUCUGUUUAGUAAAAGCAGGUUCUCUACAUAAUAUAAUUUGGAGAGUACUUACUCAACCAUGACUGCCAAAUUUUAAAUGUAGAGAUUAUUGUGUAUGGAAAUACUUUCAAUCAAGAUUUGUCAGUCAAUUUGAAAUUAAUUCAAUAGCUUAGUAAAAAUUUACACUUUUUAAUGUUAUACUCCAAUACUUUUUUUAUUUUGGAAAUAGCUAGGUAUGUAUUCAGUAUACUUUCACAAAUCUAACUGCAUAAAUUAUUUGUAUGUGCAUAAGAAUAUUGUAAUAAGUACAUAAUAUCAGCUGACAUAAACUAUUCAAUUUAAUAUAAAAAAUGUUUUUUUUA